CCAAGAAAAAUUAGUACUACCAGUACGGUGAUGAUGAACCGGACAAAGGGGCACACGCUAGCAACCAGGCCGCCCCCGCCACGUGCCGUCCUGCCCGUCCGACGUGGCGCCGCGGCCGUUCGCGCGCUCAAAUCCUCAAACGCCGCCGAUCCGCCGAGUUGCAGAGAGAGAGAGAGAAAGAGACACCCCCAAACCGAUCACGCGAUGGCCGCUUAAGCUGAAUCGCACAGCGCAAGAGAACCAGGCGCCCCGCAUCGCCCGCACGUGGCCCUCCUCUCCUCCCUCCCACCUCGUCUCCUCAAGAAAUCGCAACCCAAUCCAAGCAGAUUUCGCGUCCAGGACGUGACGACGACGGACGCCAUUGGUGACGUUGGGAGCUCGGUGGGAUGAAGUACGUGUCCGGGCCGUACUUCGAGCCGGAUUUCGAUCCGCUGCUCUACCGCUUCGGUACACCUGGGGUCGUCGUUGACAAUGAGACGCGCGAGGACUGCACGCUCGUCAAGGUUGAUAGCGUCAACCGCGAUGGCGUGCUGCUGGAAAUGGUGCAGCUGCUCACCGAUCUCGACCUCGUCAUCUCCAAGUCGUACAUCUCCUCCGAUGGCGGCUGGCUCAUGGACGUGUUCCAUGUGACAGACCAGAUGGGGCGGAAGCUGACGGACCCGUCGCUGCCGGAGUUCAUCCAGCGGGCGCUCGUCCCGUGCCAGCGCCCCGGCGGCAACGGGCCGUCGCCCAGGUUCACGACGUGCCUCGGCAACGUGGUCGGGCCGGGCGGGCCCGACGUGUCGGACUGCGCGGCGCUGGAGUUCACGGUGCACGACCGCCCGGGCCUCCUGUCGUCGAUCACCCAGGUGCUCGCCGACAACGGCUGCCACGUCGCGUCCGGGCAGGCGUGGACGCACAGCGGGCGCGCCGCGGGCGUGCUCUACGUCACGACGGCCGGCGGCGGCGCCGCGGCCGAGGCGGCGGCGCCGGCGCCGAGCCGGUGGGAGCACAUCGAGGGGCUGGUGGACGCCGUGAUGGGGGCGCGGGAGAAGCUGACCGGGGAGCGACACUGGGUGAGCAUGUCGGCGCCGGUGGAGGGGCGCGUCCACACGGAGCGGCGGCUGCACCAGCUGAUGCACGACGACCGCGACUACGAGUCCGGCCCCGCCGCGACGCCCGUCGACGAGGAGCAUUUCAGCAUGGGCGACAAGGCCGCCACCACGGCGCGGCUGGCCCGCCGCGUGGAGACGCGCGUGUCCAUCGAGAGCUGGGAGGAGCGCGGCUACGCCGUCGUCAAGAUGACCAGCAGGGACCGCCCCAAGCUGCUGUUCGACACCGUGUGCGCGCUCACCGACAUGCACUACGUCGUCUUCCACGCCACCGUCGGGUCCCAGGGCCCCCUUGCCAUCCAGGAGUACUACAUCCGGCACAAGGAUGGGCGCACGGUCGACAGCAACGCCGAGCGGCAGAAGGUCUCCCGGUGCCUCGUCGCCGCCGUGGAGCGGAGGGCCUCCCAUGGCGCGAAGGUGGAGGUGCGCGCCGCCGACCGGUCGGGGUUGCUGUCGGACUUCACGAGGAUGCUGCGGGAGCACGGGCUGUCGCUGCUGAGGGUGGAGCUGAAGCGGCGGAAGGACGAGGCCAUCGGGACAUUCUACCUCGUCACCGACGCCGGCGGCGAGGUGCGCGCCGAGGCGCUGCACGCGGUGCGGGCAAGGGUCGGCAAGGUGGGGAUCUCGUUCGAAGUGGCCAAGGACGCGCCUGGCUGGCCACCGGUGAGGAAGACCAGCGUGCCGGCACCGCCCGCCGAAGCGGCUCCGGCGGUGGCAACGCCGGCGGCACCGCCGGCGGCGGAGGGCCAGGAGAGGCCGAGGUCCUCCCUCGGGAGCCUCCUCUGGUCACACCUUGGGAAGCUCUCCAAUAACUUUGGCUACAUCAAGUCUUAAGACAGUGUUAGCCAGGUCAAUUCAUCACCCUUUGGCUGUUGCUAAGCAUGGCCUUCAAUUGGUACCUCCAUUGCAGUGAUAUCUUGCAUUGCAUGUUGAGGAAUAAUAGUGUCAGGAAGCAGUAAAAAAUUUGUAUAUACACAAGUACAGUAUGUUGUCAUUGCAAAUACAAUUCUCCAGACUGGUA